CGAUAGAAACAGAGAGGUUGCUCGGCUGCUCCAGGCUCCAGCGGCAACUGGCAAGUGGCAAGUGCCAGUUGAUCCGCGGCAUUCGCUACGGUUGCUCGCACACACGCCACACGUUUGUUCUCUACGCCUGCACGUUUUCCUUUCCCAGAAUUAUUAAGUCUCCGUCCUUUUCUUUGUUCCAAAAUUGAACGAGAAAAAAUAUACGGACGAUCGGCCAUCGAUCGAGAAACUGAUGAGUCCUCGUGGAAUACUGCAGCGUUCGAAUAAAAAGAAAAAUGAACGGGAAUGCGUUCCAACAUAGGAAUGUAGCGAGUGUAUGUGCGUAAAGUGUUGUUUGUGUGCGGGCGUGUUUUUCAAACAAGUUCCUCCAUCCUUUCAACAUUUUCUAAGAAACGUGAGACUCGAGAAAAGACUGGAGAGAACACGAUGAUGGUGUUCCUCGCGAUACGAGCCACCGUAUUCUUCCUAUUCAUCGUUGAUCUUGUUCAUCUUGAUCGACGGGUUGCGGCAGCUAAUACCGUCACAUCGGCAAAGGAAGAGUGUAGAAAGAGGAUAGCUGAAUGUACGAUGAAUGGUGGUGGAAGCACACCGGUGUGCGGGAGUGACGGUGUCACAUAUUCCAAUCAAUGCCAAGUCAUUUCUAAGCAAUGUCAAGGCGUCUCCGUCCUCAUCAAACACUCCGGACCCUGUCCAGAGACCCCGGCGUGCUUCUCAGCAAGACUGACUGCUCGAAUGGGCGUACGGCCUGUCUGUCGACGCGAUGGUACGUACGCGCCGGUUCAGUGUCACGCGGAGACCGAGUAUUGUUGGUGCGUAACGCCGCAAGGUCGGCCGUUGCCCGAUACAACGGUAAGAUACAAAAAACCAAGAUGUUUGAGAGCCGGUUCCAGAUCUGCUGCUUCUACUAGGAGCAGCCAAAGGCGACGCUCACCGACCAGAAAACAACGUAGGCAGUACGUCAGCAAUAGGCAUCGAAAUACCUGCGAUCGUACUGAAAAGUCCAAGUUUAACGGAAACCUCAUCGAGAACUUCAAAAUUGAAUACAGGCGGACCAACAUAUCCGCCGAGGACGAUAAGAAUAUCGAACGGGUAUUGUCGUGGAAAUUCCUUAUGUUGGACCAAAACGCGGACGGCUACUUAGAUAAGACGGAAUACAAGGAGCUCAGAAGACUCGCCAAGAAGGCGGUGAGACCGAAGAAGUGCGCACGCACGUUCGCCCGCACGUGCGACCUAAAUCGGGAUUUAAAACUAUCCAAGCAGGAAUGGGGUGCUUGUCUCGCCAAUGAUUUCACUCUUUUAAAAGGUAGUCCAGCCAUUGGUAAUCCUAUUCAGUCUCUACCGUUUAAUGACGAUCAUCCAAGUACUAAAGAAGAAAGCGAUGCAAAUGAUUGUAUAUCAGAUAGAAAAACAGUGUUGGAAGAUCAGAAGCAACAUUCACGGGGAGGAAAUAUUUAUGUUCCACAAUGCAUGUCCGAUGGAAGAUAUCAUCGGGUGCAAUGCUAUUCAGGUUAUUGUUGGUGUGUAUAUCAAGAUACAGGUAAACCAAUACCAGGAACAUCCUCGAAGAAUGGCACGCCGAAUUGUAAUCCAGCUCCGACUCCCAGCAGACCUAUGAAAGGAUGUCCAGAGUUAAAAAAACAACUAUUCCUUCGAGAUCUAAUGGAUCUUAUGCAAGAGGAAAUGGAAGCCUCCAGCAUGGAUUCUAACGAAACUACUGUUAAAUGGCAGGCCUCUAAGGAAGAAAGAAUAGCCACAUGGCAUUUUGUCAUGCUUGACAAGAAUAAAAAUAAGGUUUUAGAAAAAAAAGAAUGGAAAAGUUUUCGCACAAUGGUAGCGAAUAAUAGACAACUCCGGAGAUGUGGCAAAAAAUUACCGAGAUAUUGUGACAUCAAUAACGAUAGAAGGAUCAGCAUGACGGAAUGGCUCAGUUGUCUCAAUGCUCAGCGUCCAACAACAGCUGACGAUUCGGAAAAAACGUUAACCACACCGAAAAGAAUAGGUCCAAACCCAUUAGACCAGUUUCUCAACGAUGAUGACUAACACAUUAUGUGAUAAAUUGUGUUCGCGGUCCCAUAAAGAGACACUCAUCUUAUUAUCAAGUUCUAAGACAGCUGCUGAAACUUGGAAUCACUGUAAGCCACCUUUUCCAUGUUAUAUAAUAUUUCUUUAAUAAUUUGUUAGUUUUCGAGAAUUUAAAUUUUAGCGAUUUGCAUUCACAAAUUGUUAUAUUUGAAAUUCUUUGAAUUUUUGAAACUUGCAAAAAUAAUCUUUCAUUCGAUCGCGCGCUUAUACUCUCUUUGCUUAUUCUCGAAAGUUUAAAUAUUGACAUUUCGCAGAAUAUUUCCAGGCAAUUUUUUUCGUAAUUAUCGGUAAUUAUAUUAACAUCAUUGUAUAAUCAUCAAUAUGUGUGUACUCUUGUGUAUCACCUAGUCCAGAAAUUCUCUAAAUAAUUAAGCUAUCUUAUACUGGAAAUAAAUUCAAUUUAGAAAAAGAUGGUCAAUAAAAUAAUUUUUAUAGCA